GAGAAGUCAAAUUGCCAUGCAAAACCUCUGAGAGCAAACUUUCACUACCAGCAAAAUGGUUCUGCUCCUGAAACUGUGUAUGUGGAGCUGUUGGUAUGUGUCCUCUGUACACAUGACAUUGGGCGUUAUAAAGGUGUUUUUCCGUUCUGUAAACUUCUGCACAAUAUUGCAUUGGGAAACAACAUGUGAUGGCCAACUUACCUGCACAUAUGAGGUCAAGUACAAAGUGUAUGGAGAUGGGUGGCAGCAGAAAACUGAUUGUGACAGAACAAAGAACUUCUGCAAUAUUUCUGCAGAAAUGUUGAUGAAAGAGAAUGUAGAUGAAAAGAUAUUUGCCAAGGUGAUAGUGAGGGCAAAAAAUGCUAAAUCUUCGUGGAAAAUAAGUAAAGAAUUUAAACCCAUAGAAGACACUAUUAUUAGUCCUCCAGAGGUGGCUGUGACUCCUUUAUCAGACACCAUAUUAGUACAUAUCAAUGCCCCACUGCUGUUAUAUCACAUCAAAUAUGCCGGGACAAACUAUGAGAAAAAAAUGACUUUUAUUAUUAAAGUGUCAGCUUUGUCACAGGUGAUUACGACAGAAUUCACAGAGAAGACUAUAUGGACUAUGGUAGAUCUGCCACCUGGGAACUAUUGCAUCAGUGUAAAUAUGAAGUACGGGGAAGUCUCAAGUAGCUCAAGUCGAAAUGAGUGUGUGGUGUUAAAAGAUGUAAUAGCUGAAGAAGUCAGAGUAGGAUCCAUCUUGGCUGUCUUUGCUUCUGUGGUAGUUGGUUCCAUUCUGACAAUUUACCUUAUUCUGUACAGAAAUGUGUUCUAUCCUAAGCCACCCCUUCCUUCUAAUCUGAUUUUACAUAAUAAGAAAUCAAAACCAAGUGACUACAAAGCUGAUGGUACAUUUAUGGCCCCCUCAAUAUUUGAAGGAAUGGAGUUCUCUAAAUAUAUUCUUGCAUCUGAUGAAAAAGAACAGUCACAAAACAAGCGCUAUGUAUCUACUGAAAUUAGGAGAAAAGACUAUGCCAACUGUAGAAAGAAAGACUUUGAUCAGAAUGUUCUCCUAGACAAAACAGUGGAACUAAGAAACUCAACUUAUGGAACAAAACCCUUUCCAGUAGAACAUCCAAAUGUUUGGCUCAAAUCUCAAGCAAGAUACACAGAGGUAGAAAGGUCUCCACAUAAUUUACCCUUUUCUAAAGAUAAAGGCUAUAAUAAUGAGUUGAUUGCAAUUGUUGAAAUUUACCAAAAUCCAAGAAAGACAUACACAAAUCAGGAUGACAAUUUAAGUCACGUAUACAAAAAUGAUCCACAACUCUUGUAUAGCAAAACUUCUGGCACAGAUGUUUAAGCACUUUCCAGUUACAAAUAAGAUGUGUUCUUACAUAUCAAAUUGUUCCAUUUGUCACAAAGACCUAGUAAAGAUGUUACUUCAUACAUAAAGCUGGCAUUACACAUUAGAUUAAAGUCAGCUGAACUUGCCGAUUUUGACAGGACCAGCCGUACAUCUAAUGUGUAUGGUGGCCUCCUGACUUUUGCCUUUGGGGAAGAGAAGGACCAAGCAGUUGGAUUUCAACAUGCUUGAUUCCUUUGUUCUCAGGGGAGAUAAGCCACUGCUUGAGAUGUCUGACAGUGGCCUAUUCCUCUCUCCUUAUUGAGAAUACAAUAAACAAUAUGAUGCAUGGCACUCAAGGUGAAGGCAUUGGUGCUGUAAGUUAGGGUUCCCAGCCCAACUCACUAACAUUCAGGAUGCUGUUGAAGGUGAUUUAUUUAUUAUUUUGUUUACUCUUCUGUUGAUCAUUCUGUCCAUUGGUAGUUUUGCACAGUUUUUGAAUUUUACACAGAAUGUUACUCCUUUACUGCUCAAAGCAACCUCCACCCUCUCCCUCAAAUACCAUUUCAUCCGGUAUUAUACUACCCUCUUUAGUUGCAAAUGGAAAAUCUGUACCCCUUUGUUAUCCUCUAGAAACACAGUCUCAAUAAUUAUUUUCGUUUGAUGUAAUCAUAUCUAUACUAUUUUCAUUUGAUCUAAUCAUGUCUAUGCUAUAAGUUUAGAUAU